GUUCUUUUUCAUAGGUGCUACAAAACACACUUGUCAACAUGCCACCCAAAUUCGCAAGAAUGCCUGAUAAUUCUGACUUCGGUCGGUCCCAAGAAGCAGAGCGGAGGGGGCUACUGGAUGGCAACUCUGAUGAUGAUGAAGAUUUUUUUCUCAGAGGCCCGAAGGUGAAUACUGGCCAACUAAGAUCAGACCGGAAAGUUUCUCAGUUACAGAACCAGGUGGACGAUGUAGUGGACAUUAUGAAGUCCAACGUGAACAAAGUUAUUGAGCGAGGAGAUCGGCUGGAGGACUUGCAAGAUAAAUCAGAGAGCCUGUCCAGUAACUCUGACAUGUUCCGGUCAAGAGCAAAAAGCCUACAGAGAAACAUGUGGUGGAAAAAUUGCAGGAUGAGGAUCAUCUUGGCAGUCAUUGUCAUCAUCAUCAUCGGCAUUAUUGUUGCUGCCCUAGCCAUCCAUUUCUCUGAUGACUCUGACUGAACUCUGCAUGGUCUCAAGGAUGUUGGGGGUCACGUUGAGAGGAGGUGGGGGGGGGGGGUUGUCACAUGUGAUAGGGCAAAGUAGUCUUUGCCUGUCCAAUGGGAAGCUCUAUUGUUUGAACCACAUUCUUGUAUUGUCACAAAAUUUGUGCUUAAUGAAUUUAUAAUGAUCUUUUGUAUUGAUCGGUAACUCGUAACUCUUUAGAGCUAUGGAGUUACUCCUGAACUCAUUUGGACUGCAUUUUCUUCAUCCCCCUCCACAUGAAAUUACUCUCAGUCAAAAUCCUGUUGUGGGUCGUAGGUCGCGUAAACCACAUUUCAUCUGUACAGAGGUGACAAGUUCUGGGUUUUUUGUUUUUGUUUUUUCCCCCUCUGUGUUUCUUGGUUUGUUUAAAAGCAGUUGUUUUUUUUAUUUGGUACAUUCUUUUUUCUUUUUGCUGUAGUAUUGUGGGGUUUGAAGCUGGAUAUAUGUAAUUGUUUCUGACAACUCUGUGUGUAUCUGAUGAGGGAAGACUGGGAUCAUUAAAAAACUUACGAAUACAUUUAAACAUUCUUUAUUUGACAUUCCACAUACUCAGUUUUGCUUCGUUGGCCAUGGCGUUUUGGUUUGUUCAAGAACUAAUACCUUUAAAAAAGCAUAUAUAUCUAGUUUACCAACUUUUCAGUUCCAUAACUAACCAACCUCAAUGUUUGCUGAACAGACGUAACAUUCUGUUUUUUUUCAAUCUUUUAUCUGUGUUCGUGGUCCUGUACUUUUCUCAUGGGCUGUAUUGGAUUCUAAAGAACAUUAUCAAAAAAUUCCUUUUUUUUUCUCUUUGCAAAA